AUGUCAACCACCAUCCCCUCCUCCACAAAUCACCCAUACAAUGUCGCUCUGCCCAUCCUUCCCAUAACCACCCCCUCACGAAAAUGGCACGCUCUAGCCACACGCACCUCUUGCCCAACACUACCCUUCUACUACGGCGUCCUCGCCACAAAGAUCUACUGUCGGCCGACAUGUACAGCACGCCUCGCUCGUCGCGCAAACGUCAUUUACUUCACUUCUGCCCAGGCAGCCCAAAGUGCUGGUUAUCGCGCUUGCAAACGCUGUCGCCCUGAUGACGAAUUGUUCUUCGGGGAGGCUGAGGAAGUGGUUAUGAGAGCGAUGGCAGUUAUAGGGAGAUUGGGUGGGAAGAGUGGGUUGCAGAGGAUAGCAGCAGAGACGGAGGUGACGAGGAGUUAUUUGUGCAGGGUAUUCAAGAAGACUAUGGGCAUGACGGUGGGAGCGUAUAUCAGAGAGUUUGAGAUGGAAGGUAAGAGUGAUAUGCUGACUGCAACAUCUGUGGCUGAACCAGAGAUGGAGUUUGGAACGAGAGCAGCCAACGGGACGCAGCUUCCGGGAGCUAGCAACGAGUAUCGAUGA